GCCUGGAGCCUUUGUGCGGCCGGCGAGGGAAAGCGGCCAAAACAACACGCACAGGCGGCGAGGUAGCGUACGACAGGCCCGGGGCCCUGGGGGCGAGACAAGCAGGGCCUAGCUGGAGCUUCAAAACACCACCAAUACCACAAAUAUCUGCCCACUCCACCGUCCUCCUUCCCCCCUUCCUUCUCCUCCGUCUCUCUGUCAAAGGUGCAGCCGCCAUCUCACCAGUCUGACAAUAGCAGCUCCAAAACGACGGAGGUAAAGAAAAACCUUCUCCCAGCCCGUCCCACCCCCACUCACUUCCCUGCCUAUUAAAGCUGCGAGCGGCCUGGACAUCCUUCUCUUCCUUCCUCCUGGAUUAAUUCACUCUGAAUCCGCAGCAAGCUGAGCCUUUUUGGCUCUGACUAGAAUGGAACAACCUGCAGGCUCAACAAGAGAGAGGGAAAGUUGAGGAUGCGGGGGCAACACGAUGGAUCUCUCCUUCACAUUCAUGAAAGGUAUCAUGGGAAACACGAUUCAACUGCCACAACAACUUAUUGAUUCAGCCAAUAUGAGGCAGGUUCCUGAUGUUCUCAAUGCUAGCAGUGGCAUCAGGGAUGACAGAGGGCAAUCCUGUGAAGCUUCCCUCCAGCAAGGUUUCAUCUUUCCUGCUUCUGGUGCUGAUAUGAUCCCGCCAGUCACCAAUGGCUACUCCAGUGUUAACAUGUAUGAGAUGCCAAACAAGUACCCGGCAUACUCCCAGCUCCCCAAUGGAUCUGCCAAUGGCUACGGCACGUGUAGGAAUAUCAGUUCGACAGACUCUUAUCCAGGGGGAAACUACAUGGUCAAACCGCCCGAGGUUCAGGAGAAAGCACCCUCUCCGCCUGUUCCUGAACCUGUCACCCCAAAGAAGACGGGUUCUCCAGAGAUUAAACUGCGCAUCACCAAAACUUACCACAAUGGGAAGGCACUGUUUGAGUCCUCACUUUGUGGAGAUCUCCUGAAUGAGCAGCAGGCUCAGGCUGCUGAUUGUGCAGUGGCUCGCAAACAAAAACGAGAGAAGAAGAAAAGGAGCAAACAUGAUUCUACCACCGCUGAAAGCCAGGAAUGUAAAGCUGUCAAAGUGGAGCCUGAAGAAUGUAAAGACAUAUGUGGAAACCCUGUUGUCCAGGUCCAUCGAUUACCAGUGUCUGGAAAUCAAUCUGUCAUUUCGAAUUGUUACCAGAUUGGAGACUUAGUAUGGGCAAAGGUUGGUACCUAUCCCUGGUGGCCCUGCAUGGUGUCCUGUGAUCCAUUGCUACAAGUUCAUACCAAGAUCAACACAAGAGGUGCACGCGAGUACCAUGUGCAGUUCUUUGGGACGGUGCCAGAACGAGCCUGGAUCCAUGAGAAGCGGGUGGUGCCUUACAAGGGGCGUUCACAGUACAGUGUCCUUGUAGCCGAAACUGCCAAGCAGGCCAGCAAUGCUGCAGAGAAGCAAAAGAUUUUGAAGCCUAUAGCACAAAGAAUUCGACCUCAGUGGGAUGUUGGCAUAACUCAAGUCGAAGAUGCAUUGAGAUUGACUAAGGAGGAAAGGAUCGCACAGUACACUUUCAUUUAUGUGGAUGAAAAGUCUGAUGCAUCAGCAGAUACGACUGCAACAUCAGUAAAUCAUGAAGUAAAAAGAAAUAGACGCCUUGGAACAUUGCCCAGUCCUCCACACGACCAGAGAGUGGGCAAGCAGGCCUCUUCAGCACUCUCCACUGCUGACGACGCGGGCCAGUGGGCACACGAAAGGCAAGCAAACAUCCAAGAGCCUCCCCCCAAAAUGACUUGGAGAACAGCAGCAGCUAGGAAAUCACUGCCACCUUCCCUUGCAAACCUCAGGGGGAACCAGGCUGAGAAAAGAACUGGUGGCAAUUCUGACUGUGAGGUGUUGCCAGUAAGAAAAAAUGACCAGAAGGGAGCAAGUACUAAGGCAGAGCCAUCACCAAGAGAAGUUAAGGAAAUUCUCAUCACACCCUUAAGUCUCCGAAGUGAGAAACGAGAAGCAGAGGUUCAGUUCUCUGUGCGUGGAGAGGCACACCUGAUUUCCUCAGAAAGGAAACCACAAAGAAGAUCAGUUCGAAGUCGUUCUGAAUCUGAAAAGUGUGCUGAAGUUGUACCAAAAAAGAAAAUGCGAAAAGAACAGGUGGAAACUGCACCAACAACAGAGAUGACAGGCCCACAGAGAGGAACAUCAUUAUCUCAUGCGCAUGGAGCAAUGAAUUCAGCUCUGCCAGGUGCUAGCGAGCUGUCAGAUUCGUGCAAACCGUUGAAAAAACGUAGUCGGGCAUCUACAGAUGUGGAGAUGACAAGUCCAGGUUGCAGAGACAUGAACGAUUCUGAUUCCAGAGGAUUGCUGAAUGAGGUUAGCUUGGAGAAGAGAGCUGACAGUCCAGCAGUUCUUCCAGGUACAGAUGUCUCGGAUGAAGCAUCCAUGGAUUCGUGUUUGUCCAGACGUGGCAGUGGAACAUCAAAGAAGGAUAAUAUUUGUCAGAUCUGUGAGAAACCAGGCGACUCUCUUGUGGCCUGUGAGGGAGAGUGUUGCAGAGUCUUUCACAUGGAGUGUCUCAGAUUGGCAGAGUUACCGAAUGGGAAGUUCACAUGUAUGGAAUGCACUACAGGAAACCACACUUGUUUUUCUUGCAAAUUGUCUGGGAAGGUUGUGAAAAGGUGUUCGGUGAACUCGUGUGGACGAUUUUACCAUGAAUCCUGUUUGAGAAGUUAUUCUUCUGCACUGUUUGAGGGAAAAGGUUUCCGUUGCCCGCUGCACUGCUGUUUGGCAUGUUUAGCAGACAAUUGUGAAAUGGCUAAAGCAACAAAAGGUCGCAUGCUGCGCUGUUUGCGGUGUCCUGUGGCUUAUCACAUAGGGGAGAGUUGUAUUGCAGCUGGCAGCCUUGUCCUUUCGUCCCAAAGCAUCAUCUGCAACAACCAUUCCAGCUUGAAGAAAGGCAGUCGUGCGUCUCUCCAAGUCAAUGUAAGCUGGUGCUUUAUCUGUGCCAGAGGGUUGAUUGAGCAAGACCAAUCCGAAACCCUUAUCAGUUCUUAUACUUAUAAGUCGCACUACCUCCUGAGCGAGUCAAAUCGUUCGGCUGAGUUGUUGAAAAAACCUAUGAUUCCUCCCUCACCGUCAACUGCAGUAAAGAAAUGUGGGAAAGGUGGCCGCCUGUUGUGCUGUGAAUCCUGUCCAGCAUCCUUCCAUCCUGAAUGCCUGACGAUUGAAAUGCCGGAAGGGAACUGGUAUUGCAAUGACUGUAAGGCUGGCAAGAAAUCACGAUAUAAGGAAAUAGUGUGGGUCAAACUGGGUAUCUACAGGUGGUGGCCAGCAGAGGUUUGUAAUCCCAAAUCUGUGCCACUUAACAUUCAAGCCAUGAAGCACCACAUAGGAGAAUUCCCUGUGCGUUUCUUUGGAUCGAAUGAUUACUAUUGGGUCCAUCAGGGCAGAGUCUUUCCUUACUUAGAAGGAGACAAGGGCAACGUGUCAGAUAGUCGAUCUGGUGGUAUUAAUGGGAUUUUCAAAAAAGCACUGGAAGAAGCUGCAAAAAGAUUCCAUGAGCUAAAGUUACUGAAAGAGAGUAAGGAAGCACUUGAAAAUGAACGCAAUGAAAGAAAGCCACCAGCGUAUAGAUUUAUAAAGACAAACAAACCUGUUGGCAAAGUGCAGAUUCAUGUUGCUGAUGUGUCAGAAAUUCCACGGUGCAACUGUAAGCCCACAGAUGAAAACCCUUGUGGACUGGACUCUGAAUGCCUGAACCGGAUUCUGAUGUAUGAGUGCCAUCCUCUUGUGUGUCCAGCUGGAGAAAGCUGCCAGAAUCAGUGCUUCACCAAACGACUCUACCCGGAGACAGAACUUGUGAGGACAGAAGGACGUGGCUGGGGUCUCUGCACUAAAGUAGAUAUCAAAAAGGGUCAAUUUGUGACUGAAUAUGUUGGUGAGUUAAUUGAUGAAGAAGAAUGCAGAAACCGCAUAAAACAUGCUCAUGAAAGCAACGUUACCAAUUUCUAUUUGUUGACCUUAACCAAGGAUCGUAUCAUUGAUGCUGGGCCCAAAGGUAACUACUCCCGCUUCAUGAACCACAGUUGCAAUCCAAACUGUGAAACACAGAAAUGGACAGUGAACGGUGACACACGUGUUGGACUUUUUGCACUUUGUGACAUUGAAGCAGGAUCUGAACUAACCUUCAACUAUAAUUUGGAUUGUUUGGGCAAUGGAAAGACGGUAUGUAAGUGUGGAGCUCCUAACUGCAGCGGGUACCUGGGUGUGCGUCCAAAGACAGCUGCUGCAACAGCAAAUGAAGAAAAGGCAAAAAAUGCCAAGAAAAAGAUGAAGAAACGUAAAACCAAAAUAGAUGUCAGAAAAACACAUGAGGACUACUGCUACCGAUGCUGCGAUGGAGGCGAGCUUGUGAUGUGUGAUAAGAAGGAUUGCCCCAAAGCGUAUCACCUGUCAUGCUUAAACUUGACUAAACCACCUUUUGGAAAAUGGGAAUGCCCUUGGCACCAUUGUGAUGAGUGUGGCAAAUCCUCAACCUCCUUCUGCGACUUCUGCCCAAACUCCUACUGCAAGGAGCAUCAGAAGGGAGCUUUGACUGCUUCAGCGUUGGAUGGCCGGCUCUGCUGCUUUGAACAUGACCCAAACUGCCCAACGGAAUUUGACUCAUCUUCCUCCGUCAGUCUUCAGAACAAUUCAGCAGCUGAGGACACCGGUGAGGAAACCACUGAGUGAAGACUUCCAAAUGGAGAUGCCAUGGACUUGCAGUAAUAAACAGGGCAACUUAUAGUGUUGUGUUCAAAGGGCUCUGGGAAUUGUAAAUCAUGCAGAGUGGCAAGCUCAGAGAUUCCAAGGGAGUAAGUAAAGAUGACCAAAAGAUUGUUUUGAUUUGUUUUUUCCCUUCUAUGUUUUGAUUUUGGACACCUCAAAGUGACAAUUGUUCUUCAAAAAUUAUUGAAAAUACAGGAAAUGGCACUCACAUUUUUGUGUUUCUCCUCAGUAGUUAGCGUUUACUGGUAUUUGUAUCCAAUUAUUGUCAGAAGGAAAACGUGUCCUUUUGUCCACUAAAAAUCAAAAUCGAUGGACGGUGCAGCUUGUUUCAAUCAUGUUCAAAUGAUAACUGAUCAUUUGCGAGCUUUGGUGGGUGAUGAGGGAAAAAAACAGUGAAUGGACAAUUCCAUUGGGUGACCCAAAUGAAAAAUUCAACACCCCGUAAUCACUCCCUGGGCAUAUCCUUGCCUCCCCAAUGCCCUUCUAGGGUGGAAAGUGGAUUAUUUACUGCACUUUGUUAAUGUUGAACAGUUUUGCAGGGGGCCACCUGGAUCUACUCAGAACUGGGAAUGUUAAAAUAAAACCCACGUUUGAAGCAGUCAUAAAGCUGCCAGAUCCACACUUGUUGAACCCCUACAUUUGACAGGGCAAGGAAUAGAACACGAAGGGAUUUGAGCUCCAGUAUUGAAUGUAGAUUUGAAGUCUCACAGUUGCUGGUAGUGCUGUGUUUUAUUUGAGGCUCAGAUAGUGCACAUUAACCUGAGCUUUGUCCCUUGUGUCUAAUAUGGAAGUGUGGAAUCUAGCUCCCACAAUUUACUUCUAAUUUUUAUUAGUAUUUACAGUUUUUUUUCCCCCAUAAGUAUAAGUGAGUGUUAUAAUUUGAGUUCUGCCUUUGUGGAGUUCAGAUUUUCCAUUAUCAGCACUACCAUUGUGGCUAUGAUGAUGUGAUUUUAUUAUUUUUAUACAUUUAUAUGUAAAAAACAAAAAUUAUGACCGAAAAAAAUCAUGUUUUUUUAAAAAAAACUGAAACUUAUAAGUGUCAUCUUUGCUCUUAAGAGUGUUUAUGGACAAAUGAGAAAGCUCUUUCUGAGUGAAAGUACUCCUAGAACCAUAGAAUUCUACACUGCUCAGAAGGAAACUGUUCUGCCCAUCACAACCAUGCUAGCUCUAUAAGAGCCACCAAGAUUUUCUGCCUGUGAAAUUGGCCAUCACCAUCAUUUCAGGCAAUCUGUGUCUGAGCAUAACUCAUUGUACACACACGUUCUCCCAUCUUCCGUCAGGUUUUCUUUACAAAUUAUAUUAACUGUGUCCUGGGAUUACUGAUGCCUGUUCACCCCUCCACCCUGAAACUGAUGCAAGAGGUUUCUUGCUAUUUAGCUCAUAAAAAAACCCUCCAGAUUUACCAUAGCCUUCCCUGUGAACCUAUGAUUCUAUGCUAUAGUACUCUUGUAUAUAAUAAAUAUUAAAAUAUGUCUGUAUGUUUAAAUAAUCAUAAUUAUCACGUUCUGAUACUAGAACUUGGGUAGAAUAAACUUGUGAUAUCUGUUUUUCAGCGUUAUUGACACAUGGUAUUUAAUGGCAGAGAAACCUCCUCAUCCAUGACCUGUCUAUGUGUUGCAAAUUCAGGGUAUCUGUUGAAAAACUGUCUCGGUAAAACUGCCAAGUUUCCUCCAUUGCAUGGACUGGAUUUUAUCUUUAGCUCUUCUUUGCUUUCCCACUUGAGGUUUGCCUCCAUUGGCAAAUGGGGCAUUGCUGAGCUGUGAGCAUUGGCUACUGCCUACAAGACGAGACUUCUUCCUUAAUUGUGAGCUGUCGUGUUCCCUUAAAAAUGAGCAAAAUGAAAGUUAGAUACACGAGCUUCAUUGUAAUAGUCUGUUGGCCAAUGUGGACAGGAUCUUGAACCUACAGGACAGACAGGCAAUUCUACUUGUGCAUCUUCCAGCCAAAAUAUUUGAUUUCCAUCUCCCAACUUUAGUGUGGGCUUUGUGCACGAAUAUGUGUAGAUAAUACCAAUGUUGUAGCUGUCAGGAGAUAGAGAAAGGAAAAGGAGGUAUCUUGCUCUGGCUCCUCUUCCCAAAAUGGUGAAGUAUCCCAGCCACUUCUUCCAUCGUGCUUGCAAGCAACCUUCAAUUUCACUGCACUGUUGUCCCCAAUUCCAAGUGGGGACUGCCAUAUUGAUAAGAUGUCCAUAGUCUGUUCUGACAGGUGGCCCAUCUUGCUUUAGGAGAUGGUGGUUUGUCUCUGUCUCAGUUUCAAUUUCAGAAGGGUUUUCGUGAUGAAUAAUGGGAGAUUUCCACUUGACAUAAACAGUUUGAUGGAAGGAGGUGUCAGAAGCUGGUUAUUCAAAUGAUUUUCUCUGUUAUUGCCUUUUUUUUUUAAAUCCUGAGCCAGUUUUUUUUUUCUUGUGAUGUAUUAGACUCUUGCAGAUUUCACAACUUUGCAUUUCUUCUUCCAUUGUUUGUUUCUGCUUUCACAGCAGAAUUUCACAGGAAACUGUUAAUUUGGUCUUUUAGCUCUCUAUCUCUUCUGCUCAGUCUGGGGCAGUACCUGAGAACAGUUGGAAGGCUUUUAGAUGUUCGCUUUGAUGUCAACACCAUUAGAAAGAACAUGUGAACAUAUCUUGUCCUCAGGAAGUUGUUUUAAUGGGUUCCAUGUGGACACUGCUCUCACUUUGCCAUGUUUGAUAAAUCACUUAGCACUCUGGCCAGACAUUUUGGUCUUUUGGAGAAGAGUGUGAAUAAUCUAUCACCUAGUCACAUCCAUGGGAAGAAUUAAGAAAAUAUAACUGUGUCUUCCAGGAUGGCCUUCCUUAAAGGUGAACCCCUGGAAAGAGGAAUGGAUUUCCUUAGACCUGUAAAAGUAGAGUCACCAUAGCCCCACUGACCAGUGCUCCACAACUCUGAGCCUGACAUUUUGAUAACAAGUGCAUCCAAAGAUACUGAGGAUGUUUUUGUUUUACUUUUUGUUUCAUAAUUGGACAACUUUGACCCAUUUCCUACAUGGUCAGAGCUUUGGAUAGUGAACAGGCGAUUAGAAUGCAUUAUCUGCACCUCAUUUUGGUUUUAUUGUGCAAUUAUAACAUUAAAUACACUACAUGAUUCAUGUGGUUGUGCAAUGUGCCAGUAUUUCAGCAAGACAACUCGGGUUCCAUAGUGAUUCUCAUCUCUUCGUCUUUGACCUGCAGUUUGAGGUAUCGUUUCUAAACUGAUUUAUUAUUUAUUCAAAAACCAUACAAGGGCACCCAUUUCUGCUCUUACAAAGUACAAUUUCAGCAAUUGUGCAGGUACAUCUGAUACCACUUUUUAAAAGGAUCAUAAUUUCAUGUCAGCCCAGGUUUCAUGAUUAAACAUGGCUGUGGUCUAAGCUGCAAACAAUGAUAUCCAACUUCACUGGCGGCAGAACAGUGCCAUGCCAUGGUUGAGCUGAAACACAUUUUCCCUUCAGCCAGGUAUCCCCACUCCUGCUCUGCUUAGCAGUCGAUUGAGCAGCAAGUGUUAAGAUGAAAUAUUUUGCAGACCAGGGAAGGAUAUCCUAAAGGUCUCUUGGCUUUCUGCCAACAAUCAUUUGAAAAUUGGGCUUCAACCCUUAAUCGUCAGCUCACAAGGCUUGUGUCCAAUGAAUUAGGUUAAUCCUUUGCCCCACCCACCCCGACUUAACAUUCAGUUGUGUCGUCAUUUGUGACGUCACUGGUUAGGUUGGAUGUCCUGUGCUGACGACUUUUUGGUUUGGUACAUAGUGACUCAUUGACUGAGUAAUACAUUUAUCUCUCACUAAGAUGUAAACAAAAAUCAAUGCAGAAACUCAAACGCUGCUUCCUGUCUCCUGGAUGUCUUCAUUUGUAAACUGCCAAGUUGUUACCCAACACAGGAAAGGUGAGGGAGUAGAGAGGAAAAAGGAGUAUUUUCAAGCUUGAUGAAGCUUUCUGUUCUGAUUGAGAGUGCGUAGUGUCAUCAGGUGUGCUGCUAAACUGGCACUUUUCGGAUGAAUGAAAGAAUGAGGAACCAUUGCACAAAAUAUUACAGUGAUAAGUCUGGAAUAUGCGAGCUAGAAAGUUUUCUAAUUGUAUUUUACAGUGAAAUAUUUCUGCAGCUGGGUUCUUUGGAAGAGAUAGGAAAUAGCCUUGCCUGUUAAUGAAACAGAAAUCAGGGAUACUCUGUGUAAAUCAGAUGCUAGUAAGAAGCAAAGAGUGCAAGUAAGUCCCAGGAUCAUUUUUCUCAAGGUAGGGAGUUUUUCGACUUCUUCAUUCCUGUGAGAUUGCUCACAAUGAUUGAGUCCAUGAGCUGUUCCAUGACUCAACAGCAUAUUUUGUAAACAAAAUAGUUGUGAAAACAAAAGACCCAAAAAAGCAAUGUCUAAAAAGGCAGAAAAUGUUGAGUACAUUUAGUGUUUUGAGCAUCGUUGAAAAAUUCCCUCUGGUUGGAUGUUUGUGCAGUGAACACUAUUUUUGUAUGGUCAUUACUUGGUGAGAUACAAACUGAAAGGAUGAGGUGAAUCUAAUGGAAUGGUCUAGACCAGUUGAAGUAGUUACAUUGAAACCUUAGUUGCAGCUGAGAAGGAUAAUAGAAGCCAUUCUUUUGUUCUUUGUUUUUCUGAUUUGAAUAUUACCAGGACCCUUCCACAAUCUCUUAGUUUUAUUUCCGUUGCUUUGCAUCACCAAAUGGAAGAGGGUAUCUCAGCUUUGUUCUUGAUUGUUGUGCUGAAUGAAGAGCAGUUUGUCAAGGAGCACUACUGUUUUGUCAGUUGUCGCUGUUUUAUUGUAUAAUAAUCAUGUGAAUAGCUGAAAUAUGGACAGGAUUUCCAUCUAUAAAAUAUUCCAUUCCAGAGAGAUGGUUUACCUGGAAGUUCAUUUAUUCUUCCUUGGGUCCUGGCCUGUUCCCUUUCCAAGUUUUGGUCUGGUUAGAGUGGUGGAAUUGCUUCAAUUGAGAACAUAAGAUUGGCCUUGAAAUUUUUAUAUAUGGAAUUUUGAACAUGAGAACUGAAAUGUUGAAAGUACCGUACUAAGAUUUAAGCCUAGAAUUUGAGUGCAAUAGGGAGAAAUAUUUUAAAUAAAAACUUAAAAGGAAAAAGGCAGCAACUUGGGUAAUUUCACUAAUCCAGCCCAUGUUUAAAAUGGGAACAGUUCUACUUUUACAGCAUUGCUUUAGUUCAUUAUUACUUCAAUACUUGUUUCAAGCGUAAUGUUAGUGAGUCACAUUCGACAGUGUGUGUGUGUUUGACAGUAAAUGACAGGAUUUAAUCCUGUCUGGAAGGGAUUGAGGGAAAUUGUGAAUUGAGACAUCUGAUGUCUUUCUGAGGUUGCACAUAGGAAACUGAAGUACUCUAAGAUUGAGUAGGUCAGGUUUGAGCAAGCUGAAGUGAUGAAUAUUCUAGAAACUAAUAACAGAAGGGAUGACAAUGACUUGCCCUGUGCUUGACUUAUUGCAGUUCCGGGAAAAGGAUGGCAUGUAUUAUGUCCUUCCAAGAGAAGAGAGUUUAUGACAUGGAUAAAAGGGGCAAAUUGACAUUGACCGUACAGAGUGUCCUUUCGAUAAGCGAUUUAUAAACUAAGCCUGACCUGUCGUCUGGUUUUAGUCAGUGCAGCACAGCAGCCUUCGCAGACUUUUUGGUAGGGACACUGAGAGUAAUGAUCAUUUUGUAUGGUCCUCACCAACCCUGGGGGUGAAUGUCUUUUGUCAACCAUUAUGUUAAGUGUCACUUUCUGAGGACCCAAAACUCAGUUGCCAGCUUUUGGAAAUCAAACUAAAGACUCAGAACUGGGUUCAGGAGUGGGUUGGAUGGUUGGUAUUGUGGAUGGACAAAAUGCCAUAAAAUGAAGCACUUUCUGAUCAUCGAUUUUGUUCUGAACGAUAGUUCACACGUACAAAACAAAACCAGGAAAUCGCUAUCGAGGCUAAAGUUACAUUGAUAGGAUGUUUAUCUGGUUAGGCAGGCUGGGCAUGCUGCAGGAACAGAGGUUACAGGCAAUUGGCUGAGAUGGCAUUUGCAGACUUGGAGUUGUAAGCUCACGUGGCAUGUAAGAGUUUGACUCCAGUAUUUCUUUGAAGAUGCAUUGUUAACCGUCAUGUGACUGUGUGUUAUGUACCUUUGCCGUCUCUUCAGCGGUCAAUUGCCUUGAGUGAGUUCAGAUUUCAGUCACUUCUUGGGAAGUAUCUGAGGGAAGCCCUCACGGUAGAGCAAGUUCAUCUCACGUGCCACCAGAAUUCCACUUGCCAUGACUGAAAGCCACUUGUCCGCCAGAAUUAUACUCUUAUUCUUCAAUCACUCCGACAUGGCGAUUGAAUGAUGGUGACACUGGGGUCCAAAUAAUCCAUCAGUUUUGUACAUCUGAAGUAGCAAGGGAUUUUGUUUCUUUUUUAAAAGCAUCAGCUGUAAAGUUCAGACAAGAUAUUGCACUUAAAGCUUUUGCGUUUUGGAUGCUAAAGUUGUCUUUGUGAGAAAAAAAUCGUGUUAAAAUCCAACUCAAAGGCGUUGAUUCAUAAGAAUCAUCACUGGUACGAAACAGUCGCUCUCCUUAUACCUGGCUUCAAACCAAGUGUUUAAGGUAUUAUUACUUGAAAGUUCAGUAUCAUUUCAGUUAUAUUUGUUUUUGUAACUUUAUUUAUAAGUAGAGGGUGCUGCAAUAUAUUUUUGUAUCGCCAUGAAUGGUUGACAAAUUACAAGUCAAUAUAGCUCAGCAAGUAGUGGUGUUUAUUGCAAAUACCUUGUACAAUAGGAUGAAGUUGCAUAGUAAUCGAAUACAGAGAUUCUUUUCGUAUUUCCAAAUUAUUUAAAAAAUGGCAUUUGUACAGCUUGUUAUAAAUGAGCAUGUUUCCUUUUUUUUGAGAAAAUCUACCUGCUUUAUAACAAAAAAAAAAGACAGGACUUCGGGAUUCAGAAUGCUGACAGAACAGACACACACUAAUUUCCCUUAUUGAACCACUUGGGGUGUAUUGUUGCAAAGAUGUUGUGUUGCUGUUCGGAGUUUGAGGACUGCUGCUCUUAAACUUGUAAUUUCCACAUGUAAUUGCACAGUGUGAGAAAACUUGGAGCUUUACUGAAUGUACAUGGUCAUUGCCCUCUCCUCACCAAUUGGACUGCUUGUAACCUAGCCUGUGACUGUAUUCUCUGUGUUUGAAUGUAGGAUUGUUUGAAUUCUUUUUGUAUACGAUCAGUCACUGAGAUGGCUCCGUUUCUUAAAAUUUUAUUUCAGGUUACACUUGGAAUUUUGCCAUGGUUUGCUUUCAUAAAAGGUUCAUUCUGGAGAUUUGUAAUGACAUUCCAUUGAUCUGAAAGGGAAAAUACACAGACUUGCUUGACAUUAAUUUCAAUAAACAAUCUCAGUGUUUAAAUGGAGGUUCUGAUUUCUAUGCUUGUUUAAUAGAGGUAUAAUUUUCAGUUUAGCAAAUUGUGCUUUUUAUGUUGGUCAAAAAUCCAAACAUACUUCAUAAAGAAUGAGGCCAAACCAGAUAGGUUUAGCAUUACGCAUGGAUUAAAUUUAGAGGAAUCUUGGGAGCAAUCUUGAAAAUGUAGGACUGAAAUGGCUACAGAAAGAGUUAGAUGAGUUCCUGGAGGAAAAGAAUAUUAAGGGCAGAAUCAUAUGCUGGACGGUGUUUGUGGAGAUGGAGAGCCACUACAGGUAAGCGUAAAUUGAACAUUGUCAAGUUUGUGACGAGCUGAAUUUACUUCACCUAUGAGUUUAUGGAAGAUGCCAGCAGACAGCACAGACAAUGGAAUAAAACUAAAGAUGAAUGUUAUUGAAAUAAUAUAAUGAUACAUAGUUUGGAGGGUAUCAAUGAAAAACAGAAGAAAACUGGACCAAACCAGUUGGUAAAGUGAGUUGGUAGGAGAGAGAUGGAAACCUGAGGAGAUGAGCUAAAGAACUGCUCGAUGGUCAAAGGAAUUUUUCAUAGAAUCCUUUUGUGCAGAUGGAAGCAAUUUGACCCAUGGAGUCUGCACUGACCCUCAAAAGAGCAUCCCACCCAGACCCAAACCCCCCACCACUAUUUUAUUCCUGCAUAGGGUUUUUGCCAUGGCUGACCCUCCAGGCUUCGCAUAACAGGAUAUGGAGGGACAGUUUUUUUGUAACCAUGGACAAUCCACUAACUUGCUAAUCUUUCCUGUAUUCUUUGAUGCGUCAAACAGCCAGAAUUCUAUCCCCCUUUGAACAUUCUGGAAAAAUCUGAGUGGGCCUGUCUCAUAGAGGUAUAAAGAAAGAAGGGUGGAUGAUGAUAACCAGGCUAGUUGGUGCUCAUUGCAUCUAAUGUACAAUGUUACAUCUUGCAGUACUCUCUCCAACGACUUCACUGGUUGGUAUUGUAUUUAAUGUCACUGUGGUAAAACAAUCACCAGAAAGACUGCAGUAGUUCAAGGAUAGAGCCCACCAUAACCUUCCAUGUAGCAUCAAUGCUCAUCUCCAGCAGACACCAAUGUUAAUGAUGGCUCAACAACUCCUCUGUAAGCACUUCAGCCCUUGUAAAAUCAGAGGGCACAGUGCCAGCAAUGAAGUAGCAAAAGUAGAGUUCAAAAGAUUUUUCCCUGAUUUUCGUUUGUUUUCUAUCCUCCUUUACUGUGGGCAAGAAGUCUGAGUGAAUCGAACAACUAUCACGUUUAUCCCCUUUUCUUCUAAAGCCUCCGAGACUAAGACCCAACCAUGGAUUCCAAAGGCAGAAUACAAAAUAGAAACUGAUAUGUUUUACAAGUCCAAUUAAAUGGAUCAUUCUUUGAAGAACACCAGAGAAAAUGGACCUUGCAAGUGUGUGCUGCUUCUUGCUUUCUGUUACAUUGACAGGCCCCAGAAACUAGGAAAGAGUGGUUGAGUUGAAUCAUACAGCUCCAUUCAAGGUGAACCUGGGUGCAAGGCAUGCGGCAGAGAUGAGACUCUCAAGCUGAUCUGGUGAGCUGACUAGCCUGUUUUUCUGUGAUCAGCUGUUAUAUAAAUGCUGAUUCCAUAAUUUUUGAUGCCCAUCUUUAACUAGCUACCCUUGCAUCGAGUAGAUUGCUAGGCCAUUUCAGAGGAUACUUGUGUUGAUCUCAUGGCUAUAGAUCUGGAGUCACAUGUUGGUCAAACAAAAUAAGAUUAGCAGAUUUGGUUCCCUCAGGCAGGUUAAUGAACUUGACAGGUCUUCAGACAUUUGGGUAAAGUUUCCCUGGUCACCAUUGCUGUGACUAGAUUUAUAGUCCAAAUUAACAUUGGGAUUUUAAAUUCCAUGAAUUGCCACGGUGUCAUUUGACCCCACCACCAGCAGGAGAAAACAUGGCAUGGACAAGACCGAAGCAAUCCCACAGCCAACAAACAAAAUCAAUGAUCUGAAGUUCUGCUCAAUUUGCUGUAUUAUGCAGGCAAUUAAAGAGCAUGCAUUCAAGUCCUCAAAGUUGGACUGUACAGGAGACUGUAAAUGCUCAUAAAGGCUGCAACUAGCUUGAGCCAAAAGGCUGAGCAGAUAAUACAAUUCCAUCUCCUCCUGCUUCCGCCAUCACACAAGCCAGACUUCAAAGAAUUCAAUUCACUCAUGUGACAUUAAAAACGGCAAAUCAUACUGAAUAGGGAGAAGGUUUUUGGGCCUGACAACAUUACAGCUAGAACACUGAAGACUUGUGCUCACUAGCCAAGCUGUUCAAGUACUGCUGUAACAAAUAUGAAAAAUUACUAAGGUGCAUCCUGUCUGGGAAAACAGUAAAAUUCUAACAAAACCAAUUAUUUUUUAACCCAUUGAUUCUCAAACAGUUGCAAAAUAUUGAAAGUACUCUCGUGAUUUUUUUUUUGUUUUGUUGGAUUCACUCAGGAUUUCAGCAUUGGUCCAGUCAAAGUGGGGCAAGAGGGUGCCUUGGUAAGAAUCCAUCACAGACCAAGCGUAGCAGCAAGGAGCAGUAGCAAAAUUCUAGUUAUUUGUUCUUCAUGGUCAUGUCUUUCCUUUGCUGCUUUAUCAAUGAAUUUCCCUCUAAGAAUAACCCAAGAAGUGGGGCUGUUGUCUGAGGAUUUCGCGAUGUUCAGUAUCAUUUGUAACGCCUCGGGUGCUGAGUCAGUCUUUGUGCAAAGACAUUUCAAAGUCUGACCACCAUCAACAAAGCACAAUAAGAACUGUGAUGGAAUAUUUGCUCUUGCCUAGAUGAGUGUGAUCCAACAAAAUUGAGAAAUUUGACACCAUUCAAGUCAAGGCAGCCUGCUUAUUGACAACCCAGUUACCACCAUCAACCUUCUUUCAAUCACAGUUGCACAAGGACAGCAGUAUGCCAUUAACAAGAUCUACUAUGGGAACACUUUGACGGCACUUAGAAAAACAACCACCAGCAAGCUCCCCGCCAAGUCACUCAGAAUGAUAUCGCUGUUCCUUCCCUGUUAUGAGAUUUUAAAAUUCUAGAACUCCCACCUGGCAGACUGCAGUUGUUUGAGAAAGUGGCUACCACCAGCAAAGGAGAUGAGGAACAUGCAAACGAACUUGAGUCUUGCCAUUUACUCCACAUGCUGUGAAUAGUCAUCCCUCCGGCUUGUUCCUGGUAAGCCCUCAUGAAUAAUAAAAUUUGCAAGCGCAGAGCUCAUUUAAAAAAUAGCAUAUAUGUGAUUGAUUUUGAAGAUAGAGAAUUUACUGUAAAAGGAUAGGAACAAAGUGGAAUUUGACUGCCAGGUCUGAUCUAUGACUGGAGGUUAGUCCGCUGUUCCUCAGACUGAUUUGUACCCUCAGAACCUUGUUGGUCUGUUUCUAAAUUAUCUUAACCUUGGAAAUAUACCGGCUUCAGAUUGCCUUGUAGAAACUCAGUGAAGAAAAUCUCAAAACUUUGCAAAAAUAAAAUGCACACUUGCUGUUGACCCUUGUAGUGAAGAACACCAAAGGAAGGCAGCAUAUCAUCCUGACCUUUCAAAAUAGUGGCUGAUAAAUGUUCUCAAUAACAUUUUUCUUCUAUUUGCAGACUAUGAUUAAAUCUGGAUUACAGCCACAUGAAUGCAGUAUCAAGAUUUGACAGUAAACUGUUUAUUCACAGGAAAAGAUCCAUGCAGGUAUUUUAAGAAUGUCAGAUCAGUCUGGUACAUGAUUUUACUGGUGUGACUACAGGCCUGGGGCUAGUCAUGAUGUUUCAGUGCUAUCAAAUGGAAAAUGCUGCCUACGUUAAGAGUCCCACCUCAGUCCACUGCAUAAGACAAUCUGGCUGUGGCUCCUGGCAUUCACCAUUAUUCCAUAAGAACCAGCCAUGGUUGGACAUUGUUCUCAACAUUUAACAUUUCUCAGCAUGACUAUUUCUGAAAAAUUAAGAAUGGACGAAGAUGGCACAUCUAAAUAGGUCCAUUGCUAGUUUCUCUGAUUUGGCUUAGGACAGAGCUCAUCCAAUGAGUAAGUGCAGUCAGAGGUGAUGGACAGUGUUCAGCAAUUCACUCAUUUGGCCUUUAAGUUCUGUUUUGCCUUUUGUCACAAGAUAUGGUAUGGGAAUCGGUGGCCUUAGUAUUUCAUUGACAAAGCUCACUGUUUCUAAUAUGAACUGCACCCAGAAACAUAGUAUAAUUUCUGAGAAGGUGGCAGAAGGGACAAAACUGGCAAAGUCACCAAAAAAAAUACACACACCACGUAAAUGACUGCAGCACUUUCCAUCUGGUACCCAAAAUAUCAAAUAGAGCUGAGAUUUUUUCCAAAUUGACAAAACCAGGUUACAAUACUCGGUCAAUAACAAAAGCUUGUGUUAUUCAGUCAUUUCCUUUGUGUAUCCAGUUAGAUGUAUUUAUAUACAAUCUUCUUAUCCACUGUCUGCACUUCCAUUUUGACAGGACAUUUGUACAAGUUUGACAGGAGAGUCUCUGUGUAGCCAAUCAGGAAAUAGAACUUUUGAGGUGGCAGUUUUUGAAUGAAGAUGGCGCAGAUGAUAAUCAUGUUUGCUCUUCUCUUCACAACAACCUCAUUGGCCAGACAGCUGUGAAAGGUUCCAUAAAUAAACUUGCGGAUGAAAACAUCCUCAAUUGUGCGGUCUGCAGCUCCAUCCUCACCAUCCAGAUUGCCUGAAUCAAGAGAAAGGUAUUUACAUCCUUCUAAUUGCAUUGGCAGUCCUCAACCACCAGAAAUCUAAUGUCAGAUCUUAGAAGCAUGACAGAAUUAUGCUCAACAGCACCACUCUCGGGCAAGUCGGACAAGAACAAAUUGCAUGAAAAGUUGUUUUGAUUUUUUUUGUAAUGAAUUACAGAUUCAAGAACAUUUUGAAAACAAUAUCAAAAGCACAUUACAUAAAAUUUCAGUAUGA